AGUACUACGUCACCCUGGGUUGGACGGCAGGUUCUUGAAACGCAUCGAAACCUCUUAAGCGUCGUUAUUGUUGGAUUUAAAUGUACCAUUAACCAUUUGUUUGUGGAUGAGUAGCCACAAUUUGAAUCAAGACUGCGAAGUUUUCGAUCAAGAUAGGCGAUAGUUGUUGAAAGCUGACAAAACUUGGAACGUCACCGAGAUGCUUAGAACCUAGCUGAUAGCUAAGCUAUAGAACGUAGCUAGCAAGAGAAAACUUUUCUGGCAACAGUCUCCUAUUUCAUCACAACAGGUCAAUCUCCCGAAAAAUUUUCAAAUAGCGCACCCAUUGAAUCUUUUUGGAACAUUCAACGUUAGACUACGAAUGUUUAGAUAAAGUGAAUGCAACGUUAAAUAGUUAAGCAACGGUAGGAUAACGUUAACUCUCCUGCAAAGAGUUAUAAAGUCUUCCAUGAACGAAUGCAGUUUACUCCUGGAUUACAGGAAUUAUACGACGCUUUCCUGGGAGCCACGAUUAGCCUCUAACUUUAAGGUUAACGUGAAUAAUUGACUGCUCGACGCCAAGAUGAUGCCGAUGUUUUUGACUGUUUACCUCAGCAACAAUGACCAGCAUUUUACAGAGGUACCCAUCACUCCUGACACAGUGUGCCGUGAUGUGGUGGAGCUGUGCAAAGAGCCUGGAGAAAUAGAUUGUCACCUUGCAGAGAUGUGGCGUGGAUCAGAGCGUCCAGUGGGUGAUGGGGAGAGGAUGCUGGAUCUGCUGCAGGGCUGGGGACCACAGAGAGCUGAGGUGCGCUUCCUCUUGCGGCAUAACAGAGCAUCAAACCAUGAGUCAGGUAGUUCCAGAGGCACAGAGCACAAGAAGAAUGGGUUGAAGGGGCCAGUGGAUAGAAGGAUGGAGAAUGGGGUAACUGCACCAUGCAUGGACAUGACCCUUGCAGAGCUACAAGAGAUGGCAGCUAGACAACAGCAGCAGAUUGACGCUCAACAGCAACUCCUGGCCUCAAAGGAGCAACGCUUGCGCUUCCUCAAACAGCAGGAUCAGAGGAAACAGCAGCAGGCCUUGGAGCAGGAGAAGCUGCAGAGAUUGCGGGAGAAUGUAGAGAAGCAGGAGAUUCGGCUGAAGAAAGUUCGGGCCCUCAAGGGCCAGGUGGAGCAGAAACGCCUCAGUAAUGGAAAGUUGGUGGAGGAGAUUGAACAGAUGAAUAGCCUGUUCCAGCAAAAGCAGCGUGAGCUGGUUGUAGCUGUUUCUAAGGUAGAAGAGUUGAGCCGACAGCUAGAGAUACUGAAGAAUUGCAAAAUGGACCCCUUCAACAACAACCAGAGCUCUGUGGCUGAACUGGACUCCCUCUACAAAGAAUUGCAGUUAAGGAACAAGCUGAACCAAGAGCAGAAUGCUAAGCUUCAGCAACAACGGGACAACCUGAACAAACGUAACCAGGAGGUGGCAACCAUGGACAAGCGUGUAAAUGAGCUCAGAGAGCGCCUCUGGAAGAAGAAGGCGGCUCUGCAACAAAGAGAGAACCUACCUAAUGGCUUUCCUGUUAAAGAGAAGGCUUCUAAAGACUCUCAUCCUAAGGUGUCAUCUGACAUCCAUAUCCAACAGCAGACAGGUGGGUCCCGUGUGGCAGCAGUGGGACCCUACAUCCAGUCCUCCACUAUGCCCCGUGGACAACUGAGGCAUGAGCAGCUAGUGAAGCCUCCUUUUCCAGAUGGCACUUCAACCUUGCCAGCACAAGAGAGAACCACUCCAGAGCUUAAGUCUAGCACAGGCUCAAUGUUCACAGGUGUCCAUUCACCAAAGGUGGCCGGUCUGUCUGACCAGAGCAUUUCUACUACAAGCACGGAUUCUACUGUGAGCCAUGGCUUGUCUUCCACCCUCCCCAGGACAAAUACCCACACCCCAGAAGAACAAGCAGAGGUUGACACUGAGGUACUAAAGCGAGGAGGACAGGACAGGAAAGUGCGCCCUUUCUCAAUGUUUGAAUCCAGUGAGCUGCCUGCCACAGAGUUGCCUCCUACCGCCCUCCGAAAGAACCAAAGCAGUGAGGAUCUGGUCAGGGAUGCCCAGAUUGUUGGAAAGGUCGUAAAGGUUCCACCACCAGUGCCCAACAAACCCAGACAGGUCAACCUUCCACCAGGCACUCAGAUACCAUAUGGCAAGCAGGCCUUUCACACCAGUACUUUCCCAGGCAAAGUGAAAGGUCCCAUCCAGUUACAAACUGCUGGCUCACAGAGUCGCUUGCCUCUCCCCUCAAGUCAGAGCAACACUCUCCCUCUGCCCUCGAAGCAGGAAGCCCCACCAGCGGCCACAGUUCGUCCCUUCACCCCGGAGCUCGCAGGGACGAAAGAUGCAAAUGGGCUUCAAAAGCCACAAUCUGGUGCUGCAAGCUACAUCUAUAAGAUGUAUUUAGGCGAAGUUUCCCAGCAGGGUGUGCAGGGAGCAUUAUCAAGAUCCCAGAACCGUAAUCAUUUUGUUAGUGUGUAUGGGAAACCAGUAAUCUCUGGAGGGUCCCAGGUAUCUCAGAACCAGCACCCAGAAAAUCCUUACAUGGAACGACCUAGUGGCAGCAGCAACACCCCAGACUCUGAAGUAGACCAAGGCACUUUGGGUCCUGGUAUGCCUGAGAACCAGGAGACCGAGCGCAUUCCAAGGCCCCUCAGCCCCACUAAGCUACUGCCCUUCAUUUCCAACCCCUACCGGCACCAAAGUGAUGUGGACCUGGAGGCUCUGCGCAAGAAGCUGUAUAAUGCACCACGCCCCCUUAAGAAGCGUAGCUCCAUCACUGAGCCUGAGGGUCCUGCGGGACCCAACAUUCAGAAACUGCUCUACCAGAAAACCACAUUGGCUGCCAUGGAAACCACUGCCUCUGAGCCAGUUUACCAACCAAGUGUUGUUGAAGAGGACAAGGAAAGUUCAACCAUUCUUCCAGCAACUGUGACUGAGAUCACUCCCUUAGAUGACGUUGUGAAUGUGGCUCCUGUGGAGACCUUGCUUGAGCCACUUACUGUUUCCUCCGCUGUCUCUGAGACUAAAGAGGAUGAUUUCGUACCACCACCACCACCACCUCACCCUGCACCACGUCCAGAGGAUUCUCUCCUGUCCACACAAGUAGCUCAGGAUCAACCAUUGAACCUGCCCGCUCCACCUCCUGAGACCUUCCUGGAGGAGUUUCCCCCAUACCCACCCCCUCCCUACCCUAGUAGUGGAGCAGGACCAGAACAGGAAAGCCUUGGGGAGGACACCUUCAACAUGGAGCCACCUGAGGUCACAGGCCAGGUCACCCUGCCUCCAGGUAAGAGGACAAACUUGCGGAAAGCUGGAUCAGAACGCAUCGACCACAACAUGAGGGUUAAGUUUAACCCACUGGCACUUCUGCUGGAUUCCUCCCUAGAAGGAGAGUAUGACUUAGUCCAGAGGAUCAUCUAUGAGGUUGAGGAUCCCAGUCAGCCUAAUGAUGAAGGAAUUACGGCCCUGCAUAAUGCUGUAUGCGCUGGGCAUACUGAGAUCGUCAAGUUCUUGGUGCAGUUUGGUGUUAAUGUCAAUGCAGCUGACAGUGAUGGCUGGACGCCCCUACAUUGUGCCGCCUCCUGUAAUAAUGUACAAGUUUGUAAGUUUUUGGUGGAAUCUGGGGCUGCUGUAUUUGCCAUGACUUACAGUGACAUGCAGACAGCAGCAGACAAGUGUGAGGAGAUGGAAGAUGGUUAUACACAGUGCUCCCAGUUUCUCUAUGGUGUUCAGGAAAAGAUGGGUAUCAUGAACAGAGGAGUAGUCUAUGGCCUGUGGGACUACGAAAAGGAGAGCAGUGAUGAGCUUUGUUUCCAGGAGGGUGACUGCAUGACUAUUGUUCGGCGUGAGGAUGAGGAUGAGGUGGAGUGGUGGUGGGCACGUAUAGGCAACACGGAGGGAUACAUACCUCGCAACCUCUUGGGGUUAUAUCCCAGAAUAAAGCCACGACAGAGAAGUCUGGCAUAAAAGAAGAGGAUACUGGCCAAUGUGGAGCAGAUCAAACUGAGGAACAUCAAACCACUGAAGAAUCACAGGGUGCUCAUCUAUGGAUUGACAGAGCUUACCAGAAGGACAGCUCGGUCAAAAUAUGAUGAUACCAAAAUAUAUGAAGGAUUUCUUUGAGGAAAAAAAAAAAAAAUAUAUAUAUAUAUAUAUAUAUAUAUAUAUAUAUCCAUCAAGAUUUUAUAAUCAGUAACUCUUUGGGCUCAUCCAAAGCAUUUUUACAGAUGACAAAUGUGUACAUUUUUUAAGAAAUGUAUCAUUUAUGUUGUGCAUGUAUAUUUCUUAAUCUAAGCUUUUAAUAGAGGGAGAUCCAUACCUAUAUUAAAUGUCAUGAAUCAAUGGCCGCUAUCUGGAGGUUUGCUGAAAUGGAGAUUUGCGUUUAGGAGCAGAAGGCAGGCCUUUAUUCAUACUCAUUCAUGUUAGACACAUAAACACAAGGACCUGCAGAAUAGGGAAACUGGGAUUUCAACCUGGGCCCUGUUUUAGUUCCAGAUUUUCUCUAGGGACAAAAAUGAUCAAAAUUGGUGCAGUGUUGAGUUAGAGCGAUAUAAACGGCAACUGUGCACAUCACAGCACAUAGGGGUUGUGCUACCUGGGGACCAAUAGCUUCCCACCACGUUUCAUGUGCUUGGGUGUUAAUAAGUCCUUGAGGCAACCUCUACUUAAUGACAUCUAAUACAGGUCAUUGAUUGAAUUCCCAAAUGAGUUUUGAUGCAAUAUCUGCCUUGUGUUAUGAAAAAGGAAAUCCGUGUGUAUUAUUUUUUCUGUGAGCACUUCACCUAGUGUCAUUGUAAUAGAGGACCAUUUUUUCCAUUUCCACUUAUUCUGUGGAUUCAUUCAGAAAUCACGGGUCAAAGACUGCAUUUACAUGCACACCAUAUUCCUGCUUUAGUUAGAAUAAUGACAAUAUUCCAGUUAUGCAAACACCUUAACCCAAUUGCCUUAACAUGAUUAUAUUCCAAUUGCUUAAAAACACGGAUAAGACCCCUGGCCUAUCCCUGAGUUAAUCAGAAUAUUGGGGCAUGUAAACACAUUAGUUGGAAAAUUACCCUUUCGGAAUAUUAAUUUGCACAUGUUUAUGCAAGGAAUUUUGGUAGCUUGGUUUGUUGCUUUGACAACUCUGUAAACUAGCAAAAAGCAGACCAGCCAAACUUGAAGAUAUUUUGAGUAGCACCUCGAGCAGAGAAAAAAAAAAUCCUCACGUCGGCCUUCAAUCAUGCAUCCAAAAAUAGACAUAGCCAUACACGCAGGAUACACAGUUAUGGAUAGUGACCCAUCUUUAAUGUUGGAUAUCUAUCUAAAUUUGAUCCAAUGUGUUCCUGAAAGUGCAAACUGAAUCUUUUACAGUAGCGCUCAUGUUGACGAUCUGUCUAAUAAAAACGAGUCUAAUAAUCCUGUUCUUAUGUUGAUAGGGACUGAUGUGGAUAUGUUCUCAUAUCCAUUUUCUUAUAUGUGGUCUCUAUUCAAUCAUGUCUGGUCUAUUAUUACCUCUUUUAAAUCCAUUAUUAUUAGGUAUUAGGCAUUUUUUUUGCAAAGAAAUACAUAUUUCCCUUAUGUUAUACCAGCAUAUUUAAUUCACCUGAAUAUAGGCUACAGUAGAUAGAGGCUUGUUAAAAAAUGCAUUCAAUGUUCAAUUCUUACCUGCUGACUAAUGCAAAUUACUGAUUGCUUUUAAAGAAUUUCACUUACACAUGCAACUGGAAUCUGCGAGUCAACACUUGUUUAACCCACCAUUGGCUGAAGAAAAAAAUAGGCAAAGCAUAGUGGCCUCCCUUUAUGCUGUCAAGAAUGUCACUAAUUAGUGGGCUCCAGGGAGCUUACCGGAGAAGUUGGAUGUCUGCUCGUUUUUGCGUAGUUGCGUAAUAAAAAAAAAUCGUACCGCUGUACUUUGAUGUGAAAAUGCGUGGUUGCUACGCAAAAUACAAACAGGUUGGCAGGUCUGGAAAAGCAUGACUAACAGUUUGCACUUCUUGAGUGAAGAUGAGGCCAAUUUAUGUAUCCAAACCUGAAAGUUUGAAUUUUUUUACAGAAUACACCACUGGUGAAAAAGGGGGUGAGAAACUCCACACAGGUUUUGUGCGAAUUCUGAAUAUAAUAACCAGACUGUGGACCUUAUGGAAUUACCUCGGAAUAUGGUGUGCAUGUAAACAGUCAUGGUUUUUACUAUACGCAUGGAUGCCCUCUAUACUAUUGUAUGUCGUAUAUUAGAGUUGAUCUUGGGAUAAAAAUAAAAGAAUCAAUAUAUUAGAUAUUUGUUGAUCCAAAUUGAUUAUUGUUUAACCUUUAGCAUUUGUCACCACCCUUUUUAUGUUAAUUCUGCUAUCUCUAUGUGCACAUUUGUAAUACUCAACAUAGUUAACACUAUAUUCAGUUUUCUGUUACUGAAAAGGAUAGGCAAAAAGAUGAAGUCACUGGACUGAAGUUAUUGUAAAAAAUAAAUGCAUUAUUGUUAUUAUCAAUAAUAAUAAUAAUAGUAGUAGUAGUAGUAAAUAUCAAACAUUGUUACACCAAUUCUCUGUAUAUCCAUUUACUUGCCAUUUUCUGUAGGUAACGUAGAAGGAUGAAUAACAAUGGUGAAAGAUUAUUUUUUGUCCAUGUCAAAUACAAAAAAGGAUAGUCAAAGGACAUGCAUACUCUACCAUUAUCCCAAUGAUUUUGUUAUAUAUAUAUAUAUAUAUAU